AUGUUCGCGAUCUUCCUCGGACUCUGGCUCCUCGUUGUGUUGGCCGGCUUUGGCGUCAUCUUCUACCACUCGUAUGGACGUGCUAUCAUCGAGCGUCGUAAGCGCCAAAAGUUCGAGCGGUCUGGCCAACGCCAGGGUGUCGAUGGCGUUGUCACCCCCUUCCGCGAAUGGAAGGAGAAACCGCAGACCGUCCAGGUCAGCGACGCCCCGCCUCAAGUCGAUCUUCGAAGCUUCACUCCCAUUCCUCCCGAGCCGGGUCUUGAUGCUCGACUCGCUGGUGCCUUCGGCAAAAGCUUUGACAGCUUUUUUGACCGUGACGCCGCACCUUCUGCAUCACGCCCGGCCGAAUCGCGAGGUCCCUCACGCCUCGGCAACCUCUCCCGCCACCUGACGCGUUCGUCCUCUGACCACGAGAAGGGCCGCGUGAGCGAUGCGGCGAGCCAGGGCUGGUGUCAGCGCUUGCGCUUCAGCUUCAUGAACGCCCGCGGCGGGUCAAGCGCUCCGGACUUUACACCUGGGAAGCGCAAGAAGUCUGCGGUGCUCCCGGUGAUCGAGACGACAUCUCCCUCCGAACCUGCGCCACACGAGCGUAUUCGUGAGAUCAGCCGCUGGAGCACCUCACCCGCUUCUAUCGUCAAGCCGUGGCUGCGUCCGACUGUCUCCCCUACCAAACUACCAAAGGUGGUGGACCCUGGUGGACCACGCCGCAAAGCGAGUGUGCCCGAUGACGUUGGGCCCAACGGCUCUUCCGAGGAUGUGAGCCCAAUCCAUGCUCCCUCUCAGCCUCAGGCGAUGCUCGAGGUACCCGUUGCGCUGCCCAACACCAGUGUCAAUGCGUAUCACUUCCCCGCGCCACCACCGCUUCCUCAGGCCGCUCGCUUGUUCCAACCGCCUCCUCGUAGGCUCCAGAACUCUCCUGGGCUUUCUCACCCUUCAGCGUACGGGCCCCGACCCUUUUGCUACGCUCUUUGA